AUGGGCCUCUUAGUCCACCUGCUGGUCUGCCUGCUGGGGACGGGCUCCUGGGUGGCCAUCAACGGCGUGUGGGUGGAGCUGCCGCUGAUCGUGCCCCAGGUGCCUGAGGGCUGGCUCCUGCCCACCUACCUGACCAUCAUCGUCCAGGUGGCCAACCUGGGCCCUCUGGCCUUCACCCUGGCGCACCGCAUCCUCCGGGGGCGGGCGGAUGAGGUGGGCGUCAUCUAUGGGCUGCUGGUCCUGGGCUGCCUGGCUUGCCUGCUGCUGGCCUUCUUCUGGCAGGAGACCCGGCCGCUGGGCGCCGCCCGCUACAGCGUGGCGCUGAUGGUGCUGCUCUUCUUCCUGGCCCUGGUGGACUGCACCUCCUCCGUCACCUUCCUGCCCUACAUGCGCCGGCUGCAGCCUUGGCACCUCACCAGCUACUUCGUGGGCGAGGGGCUGAGCGGGCUCCUCCCGGGGCUGCUGGCGCUGGGGCAGGGGGCCGGCGCGGCUCGCUGCGUCAACGGCAGCCUGGUGGGCAACGGCACGUCGGAGCUGCUGGUGGAGUACCAGGAGGCCCGCUUCUCCGUCCGGACCUUCUUCCUCUUGCUGAGCGGAAUGAUGGCCAUGAGCCUGGCAGCCUUCCUCGUCCUUAACCACCUGCCCCGGCGGGCAAAGGGGAACCGUGCCUGGCGAGAGAGCCCGGAUAGCGCCCCAGCCACGGAGACGGGACAGCCUAUGCUCGGGGCCAUCGACUCCGGCCGUGGCACCGGCUACUCCCGUGUCCAGAAGGCCUGCGUCUUUGGGCUGAUGGGCUGGGCCAACGCGCUGACCAACGGCCUCCUCCCCCCACUGCAGUCCUACUCCUGCCUGCCCCACGGCCGCCCCACCUACCACCUCUCGGCCACCUUGGGCAGCCUGGCCAACCCGCUCGCCUGCCUCCUUGGGAUGUUCCUGGCUAGCAGGUCCCUGAUGCUCCUGGCUCUCCUCUCCUUGGCUGGAUCCCUCCUGGCCUGUUACAUCGUCAGCAUGGCUUCCUUCAGCCCCUGCCCCCCCCUGCUGCAUUCGCCCCUCGGCGUCCUCCUCAUCGUCCUCUCUUGGGUCCUCUUCAUCGGCGUCUUCUCUUACGUCAAACUGAUGAUUGGGAAGAUUCUGCGCGACGAGGGACGCAGCGCCCUGGUCUGGUGUGGGGCAGUGGUCCAGCUGGGCUCCAUGGUGGGGGCUCUCAUCAUUUUCCCUCUGGUCAGCGUCUACGGCUUCUUCCACUCGGGAGACCCCUGCAACUCCAGCUGCCCCAGCUAA